AUGGGGACAGGAGGGGACACCGGGAACACUGGGGGACAUUCUGGGGGUCCCGGGGGUCCGGGCUGUGACUGUCCCCUCCCCCGCAGCAAGAACGCCAACAACUCCCAGAGCGCCCUGGUGCCGGUGGCGCUGGCCGUGAGGGCGGCCACCAGGGUGUCCGUGCUGGGGGUGUCCCGGCCCGACGUUGUCACCAUCCCCGAGGGGGGGUGGGGACCCGACCCCCCCCAGCGGCUGCAGGACCUGGGGCCACCCGUGGAGCACGUCUACGAGGUGGUGAACGAGGGUCCCAGCGCCAUCAGCCAGGGCACGCUGGAGCUCAGCUGUCCCCUGGGCCACCGCGGCCACCCCCUGCUCUACGUCACCGGCCACGCGGGGCUGCCCAACUGCUCGGCCAGCCACGGCACGGACCCGCUGCGCCUGGAGCGGGAGCAGAGCCCCGGGCCGCACGUCCUGCAGCGCCGGGACACCGGGGACAGCGGGGACAGCGGGGACACCCUGGGCUGUCCCGAGGCCGAGUGUUUCCGGCUCAGCUGUCCCUCGGGGCCGCUGGAGCGGCAGCAGCGCGUCACCCUGCGGCUCGGCUUCCGCCCGCGGAGCCCCCCCCCGCGCCAGGUGGGACCCCCGAGCAGCCGGGACCCCCCCGGGACCCCCAAAACAGCCCAGGAUGCCCAAAAUACCCCUGGGAUCCCCCCGGGACCCCCAAAACAGGGGGACACUGGGGACAGGGGGCACAGCGUGCGGCCUGAGAGCUACCCGCGCCACCGCCUGCAGGUGGUGACAGCGCUGUCGCGGGCGCGCCCCGAGGCUGGCGGGGGGGUCCCGGUGUGGGUGGUGGUCCUGGCCGUGCUCCUGGGGCUGCUCCUGCUCGGCCUCCUCUGCUACGGCCUCUACAAGCUGGGUUUCUUCAAGCGCUCGGGGCCCUACGGCACCGCCAUGGAGAAGGCGCAGCUCAAACCCCAGGCGGCCUCCGAGGCCUGAGGUGACAGGGACAGCCCGGGCUGGGGACACCCCGGGACUGGGGACAUCCCAGAGCUUGGGGACAUCCCAUGGCCUGGGGACACCCCAGGGCUGGGGACAUCCCAGAGCUUGGGGACACCCCAGAGCUUGGGGACAUCCCAGGGCCUGGGGACAUCUCAGAGCUUGGGGACACCCACAGCUGAGGAUAUCUCUACGGCUUGGGGACAUCUCACAGCCUUGGGACACUCCAUGGCUUGGGGACACUUCACAGCUUGGGGACACCCACAGCCAGGGACACCCACGGCUGGGGACACUCCAUGGCUUCAGGACAUCCCCACGGCUUGGGGACAUCCCACGGCCAAGGCCACCCCAUGGCUUGGGGACCUUGGGGACACUUCACAGCUUGGGGACAUCCCCACACUUGGGGACCCCCGCAAGGACAGUGUCACCUGCACGGACAGGGACCCCCGCAAGGUGACGUCACCUGCGUCACCGCUGGGGACCCUCCCAUGGCUGGGGACCCCGCAAGGACAGUGUCACCUGCACCAUGGUGUCACCUGCAUGGCCUGUGUCACCUGCAUCGGUGACAUCCCCCCCUCCACGCCCCCGGCUGGGGACACCCACGGCGCCCACCCCCACACUGGCACGGCCACCACCGGGCUGGGGACACUGUCACAGAACUGUCACCGGGCUCAGGACACUGUCACUGAACUGUCACCGGGCUGGGGACACUGUCACUGAACUGUCAUCAGGCUGGGGACACUGUCACUGAACUGUCACCGGGCUGGGGACACCGUCACAGAACUGUCACCGGCCUCAGGACACUGUCACUGAACUGUCACUGGGCUGGGGACACUGUCACUGAACUGUCACUGCAUUGAGGACACCGUCCCAGAAUUGUCACCAGGUUCAGGACACUGUCACAGGAACUGUCACCAACUUGGGGACACUCACAGAACUGUCACUGCACUGGGGACACCGUCACAGAAACUGUCACCACGUUGGGGACACUGUUACAGAAAUGUCACCAUGCUGGGGACGCUGUCCCUGAACUGUCACCGUGCUGGGGAACCACCAGGACGUGUCCCCACGGCACAGCUGCCACCACCGGCUUGGGGACACCAAAGUGGGAACCCCCGGACUGGGAACAGCCAGGAUGUCACCAGAAGGGACUGUCACCAGCGGGGACUGUCACCACCGGACUGGGAACUGUCACCAGUGGGAAUUGUCACCAUGGGACCGGGAACUGCUGGCACAUGGGUGACACCGCGCUGGCACCGACACUGCAGGGGACACUGGGACACAAGGACACCACGGGGACAUCACGGGGACACCAGGACAUGUCCCCAGCGCUGUCACCUCACCCGGGACAGGACCUGGUGGCGGUGUCACAGUGUCACCCUGUGCCAGCGUGACCCGGGGACGCUGCCACCCACUGCCCCCAGUGUCACCCGCUAUCCCCGGUGUCACCCGCUGACCCCAGUGUCACCCGCUAUCCCCGGUGUCACCUGCUGUCCCCAUGUCACCCGCUGCCCCCAGUGUCACCCUCUAUCCCUGGUGUCACCCGCUGUCCCCAGUGUCACCCGCUGCCCCCGGGGCCACCCGCUAUCCCCAGUGUCACCCGCUAUCUCCAGUGUCACCCGCUGUCCCUGGUGUCACCCGCUAUCCCCGGUGCCACCCACUGCCCCCAGUGUCACCCGCUAUCCCCGGUGUCACCCGCUGCCCCCAGUGUCACCCGCUAUCCCCGGUGUCACCCGCUGCCCCCAGUGUCACCCGCUAUCCCCGGUGUCACCCGCUGCCCCCAGUGUCACCCGCUAUCCCCGGUGUCACCCGCUGCCCCCAGUGUCACCCGCUAUCCCCGGUGUCACCCGCUGCCCCCAGUGUCACCCGCUAUCCCCGGUGUCACCCGCUGCCCCCAGUGUCACCCGCUAUCCCCGGUGUCACCCGCUGCCCCCAGUGUCACCCGCUAUCCCCGGUGUCACCCGCUGCCCCCAGUGUCACCCGCUAUCCCCGGUGUCACCCGCUGCCCCCAGUGUCACCCGCUAUCCCCGGUGUCACCCGCUGCCCCCAGUGUCACCCGCUAUCCCCGGUGUCACCCGCUGCCCCCAGUGUCACCCGCUAUCCCCGGUGUCACCCGCUGCCCCCAGUGUCACCCGCUAUCCCCGGUGUCACCCGCUGCCCCCAGUGUCACCCGCUAUCCCCGGUGUCACCCGCUGCCCCCAGUGUCACCCGCUAUCCCCGGUGUCACCCGCUGCCCCCAGUGUCACCCGCUAUCCCCGGUGUCACCCGCUGCCCCCAGUGUCACCCGCUAUCCCCGGUGUCACCCGCUGCCCCCAGUGUCACCCGCUAUCCCCGGUGUCACCCGCUGCCCCCAGUGUCACCCGCUAUCCCCGGUGUCACCCGCUGCCCCCAGUGUGACCCGCUAUCCCCAGUGUCACCCGCUAUCUCCAGUGUCACCCGCUGUCCCCGGUGUCACCCGCUGUCCCCGGUGCCACCCGCUAUCCCUGGUGUCACCCGCUGUCCCCGGUGUCACCGCCCUGCCCUGCCCUGCCCCCGCCGCGGGCGCCUCACUUUGCACUGACCCCAACUUUGGGGGGACAGCCUCGACCCCCCCUGGCCCCGGGGUGUCCCCAAGGUGUCCUGGUGUCCCCAGGGUGUCCCUAGGGUGUCCCCAGGUGUCCCUGGUGUCACGGGGGGUUUGCACUAUGGGGGGGCGUGGCUUUGGUUUGUAUUUAAUGGGGGGGGCGGCCUCGGGGCCCCCCAAUAAACGAGUCUGACCCUGA